UUAAUAUCUAUGUAGGGCAGAACUGCUGAAGGGGAAAUAAUAAUAUCACUGGUUCUAAUCCCAAAAUAGGUGCUAACAAGAAAAGCUUUGUGAUCAACCUUAAAAAUAUGCACCAGUUCUUAGAAAAAGGUUAGGAUGGGGUUAGGAAAAGGUUCAGGUUAAGGUUAGACAACCUUCCUCAUCUUGGUUCAUUUAGGGAACAAUCGUGGUCACGACUAAACACCGUUCAGGGGACCGAAAAGUGACCUUCUGUGUCAAAGUCUUGUCCCCUUGUUGACCCCUGCACCCACCCAAACCUCCUCACUGCAAAGUUUUGAGGCUCUGAAACAAUGCCACGCCACUUCCCCCUUUGCUCCGCUCGUAACUCACACAGCUGCUAGAGGUCUCUGUCAGCUGAGCGUGAACAAGUCGUUACAGGCAUUUGCAGACAUGACUGGUGGUGUCGUUGUUCUUGGCAAGAAUUUGCACCACAAUUUAUUCCAACUUGGUGCAGAUUUAGUGUCUCGCUCAAGGACACGUAGACAGACCACAGUACUACAGGUUGUUGGGGGGACUGAGUCUGUGGUCUUUGUACAUGCAAUGACCUCUGAAAGGAUUAUGUGGAUCUGAAAGUAGUCUCACGCUGUGAGUCAUUCAGCCACUUUCACUUCUGGGCUGCUGGAAAUGACAAAGAUAAAACCUUUUGUCACGGCUCCGUUUUUAUUGUCUCAAUGGACUUCCCCCCUUAGAAACUACAGGUGUGAUAGAGCUGCAGUUACACCUGUAGGCUGAUGUUUGAUAUGACUGCAACUCACCUGUCAUGUAGAUGCGAUGAGCACGCAAAGGUCAAGUUAAACUCCAAGUUAAAACUUAGAGUCGUUCAGAAACUUUGAAUAAUGUGGAAUGGGCUUCUUUCAGGAAACAAAGUGAGCAGAGUUCGGGCUGGUGGAGAUUCACUGUCCCUUGACAAAGCACAAAAGCUUAAGUUAUAUGUUUUUAAAUCUAACUAGUAUUAAAAAAAACUGUAAUUAUAGGUGAACAAACAGACAAGCCCACUGGACUUUCACACCUGCACAUAAAUGCUGCAAAGUGAACACACCUCUUCUUUUUAUACACGUUCAAAGUACAAAUCAUUUUACUGCAGCUUACUGAGCGGCAACGCGACACGCACACAACAGCUCUCCAGCAUGGUUCACAUUAAGGAUGGAUUAUCUUUUAAAUCUCUUCUCAGUGUUUUCCAACACAUUGUUGUCUUCCUUCUCCUGACACACUUUUGUGGAGGUCAGUCGCAGGAGAUUCGUCCACCUCAGCCAGUCAUGGUAAUGGUCGGUGAUGACAUUGUUCUGCCAUGUCGGCUGGAACCUGCCAGGGAUGCUGUUUCCAUGACAAUAGAGUGGGGGAGACCUGACCUGAACCCCAGAUUUGUCUACAUGUGGCAUGAUGGUCAGGAACUUCUGGUUAACAAAAACAAGGCCUACAAGGGAAGAGCAUCAUUGUCCAAGAACAAACUGAAGUUUGGAGACCUUUCACUGAAACUCUCCAAAGUGAACGUCUCUGAUAACGGGACAUACAGAUGCUACAUUCCAAAACUGAGGAAAGAAUAUUUUGUUCAACUUCUUGUUGGUGCCGUCUCCUCACCUGCUGUCAGCUUAGCGAGCAUCCAUAAGCUCAGCAGUGGGGUGAUUUUACAGUGUGAGUCUGCAGGCUGGUAUCCAGAGCCUGAGGUGUUCUGGCUGGACGGUGAGGGAAAGCUCUUCUCUGCUGGACCUACAGAGACCGUCAGAGGUCCUGAUGGCCUCUAUACUGUCAGCAGCAGAGUGACUGUGGUGAAGAGACACAGCAACAACUACACCUGUAGAGUCCAACAGCAGAACAUCAACCAGGCCAGAGAGACACGCAUCCAUGUUCCAGAUGAUUUCUUCAUGGCCCCAUCUAGUUGUACUGCUUCUACUGCCAUCAGCCUGUUGUUUGGCUUCAUGUUUAUUCUCACAGUCGUCCUUUUUGUCUGGAAACUAAGACAAAACAAAAGCGAGAGGAAGAUGCGCCACAAGAAGGAAAAUAAAGAGAGAGAGAGAGGAAGAAGCAAAGAGCAGCUCUUGACAGAAAGCAACUUGGAAAAGAUAAAGCUAAGACUUAAUGAGGAGUUACAGAGGAAAGAGGAAGAACAGAAAGACAUGAUGCAGGAUAUUGAGGCACUGAAGGGACUGACGAGGGAAAUGGAGAAGCAGAAAGAGAAACUCACCGUUCAAACAGAGGCGACAGACAGACUGGCAGAGGAGAAUACAAAGAAGCUUGAUUCAGUGGAGAAAGAAGUAACAGAGAAGGAGGGAGAUAAGACAGCUAUCAAAGCACAGGGAUACCUCAAACUCAGAGAAAUCAUCACACAGACCAGCUGGAACCUGGAGGAGAGAAAGACAGAACAUCAAAAGCUGCAGUUCAACACACAAACUAAUGAAGAAGACAUAUGAUAACAUUAACAGAAUCACAGAAAAGAAGAACAAAGUAGAGAACCACAUGGAGCAAAUAAAGAAACAAAUGGAGGAGAUAGAGAGACCGAGAGAGGUCAAAGAAAGGAGGGAAGAAAUAUGACAAAACAAAACAUGAUCAUGUUACUCACUCUUGAUGUCUACACUUUAAUUAAAGUGGCUUUAAUACAAAUAAUGUAUCGAAUGUAUGAAAACAAUGUGACAAUAUGAAAGGGGUAGUGACGAACCUACAGAGAAUCAUCAUCUGCUCCUGCAGCUCCGCUCGGCUUUACGGAGCUUUACAGUGACUUUCUGCUCAUCGUUUGUCUGUCUGGCUGCAACUUUACUGUUCUGGUUCCCUCUCAGUGCAUGGCUCAGUUUUCAACUGCAGCAGAGAAAAAGCUGCAAAAAGCUGCUGUACGCUACCUGCUCAGCAGCAAACAGACUCAGUCAGAGAGCAGCUGGUGAACAUAGCGGAGCGUCUAGCAGCUAAAGAGCCAGAUGUUUCCCUCGGGAGAAAACCACAGUCAGCAAGCUGUUAAUCUGCAGCCAUCAUCCUAAAAAAGAAUGCUCUUCUUAACAUUACACAGAGUUUUAAAUGAAAAUGUACAACUAUCUGAUAGGUUUCUACAGAGGUGGGGAGGAGCUGUGGUUUAGACUUAGCUCUCCCUUCGGUGGUGCACAGGCUGGUCCAGCCUCCACCCUUCGUGUGGAGACAGCGCCCUGGUGGAGGAAUCCUACACUUCCUCUGUUAGUGAGUUGCUAAAGUCUCUGCUUCGUUCCCCAAAACUGCUGCUUCUCCUCUCAUGGUCAUUACAACACAUACUGUCCUCAGUACAUGAUGCUCUUUCUGAUCUCCCUGUUUCUUUGUAUAAAUGGAAGCCUGUUUGCAACAGCUUACACAACAGUAACAAUUGUUACCCUGUGUGUGUGUGUGUAUGUGUGUGCAAAUGUUUCAACAUGGUAUUAAUAUAAUAGGCAAGCAACCUUCAUUUAAAUUAUUAAUUCUCACAAGACCAAACACAGAGCUGACAGAGAGAAGACCGGACUGACCUUCAUCAGGUGGAAACAAACACGACUCCACAUGAACGACCAUGUUGCUCUGUAACUGCUGGAUGUGGAAAUAAGCAACUGUUUGCUUAUUUUAAGUCCAACAUAUCAACUUAAAAGAUGAUAUGUUGUGUUCACAAGAUGUUUCAGUAUCUCCGUGUCUUUUCUUCAACAAUAUUGUUGGACAGAAUUCAGGGACAGACUGAUGUUGUGAAGGGCUGCUGCACCUGUUGCGUUAUGAUCCUUCUGCAAGAUAACAUCACUUUUUCAAUGUGAUUUUCUUGCUAAACCAAUAUAUGCAUGCAUUGUGUUUUUAAUUUAGCCAAUAAAACCACAGAAUUAAGUUCCUCUUGGAAAUGGCAUAGAUAUCAAGAUAACUACAGUGACCACACAGAGUCACGCACACAUGACAAAACCACACUUUAAGCGCUGCUGUUGGUUGCAAACUGGAUUUGAAAUGAAUUUAUAUCAUGCUGGAAAGGCUGUCAGAGUCCAAACCCUCCUGCCACAACAGAUCAGUACAGACAAAUGACUACAGGGCACUAUACGAACAUCACAGGAAACCAUCUGGACUGUUUGCGCUGUUCGCAAUAAUUAAAAUAUAGAUGUUGUAGUCGACAGGCACCAGGAGAGGAGCAUCCAAUAAGCCUUCUAAACACACACAAGUUUGCUUUCUUCCCAUUUGGGGGAAGUGCUUCAUCGACCUUGACGAUGGGACUUAGGCCGUUAUAAAAUCGCAGCUAUACAUGCAAACAGGAGAAACAUUGGCAGUUAAUGUUUUGUGGUUGUACUGCAGCUGUUAGUUCAGUGACAUUUACUGACAUUAGUUUGUAUCUUUGGAUGUUUCCUGUUUGUUUUUUGUGCUUUUCAACAUAGAUAUUUUAUUUUGUUUCAUUUUAAAUAACUAAAUGUUGUUUCUGUUUUAAUACAGACACACUUGCCUGCUUUUUAUCGCAUGUUUUCAGUGUGACAUUGGUUAAUUACGCACUCAUUGUGUGUGUGCAUUUGAACAGUUAAAGCCAAUAGUUUGCUGUAGUGUAAAUACAACAAAUGUACUGUAUGACUGAACAGAUAAGCUUUGCUGUUUCAUAUUGUCUGUUCGAAAUCAUGUCCCAGUUUCACCCUGAGAAAUAUACUCAAAUAAUAAAUGGACCAAAAUAUUUUGGGAAACAGAACAGCAGCACUAAGUCAAGUUUAGUUAAGUUUUUUCUGACUGUCAAAUAACCAGACAUCGUCAUUAGAUAGUGAGUGAAACAAGAGUAAUUUGGUAGAGACACAAGUAAGAAAAAGAACAAUGUUUCAUUUUUAAAAUAUAUAUUUCUCUCAGAUAAGCAGAAUCAUCCUGUGCAGGUUUUCCCAUAAAAAAGAUGAACACAUCCAAAUGAGACCAACGUGAAGUCUCUGUUCUAUAAGUGUAAAGUUAAAAAACAGGACAAUAGAAAAAUGCUGAUGUAUGUAAUGUUUUUUUCCAACAUUCACAUUGUACUUUACGAUACUCAAAUAAAAAUACUUAUUUGUAAA